AACGCUACAGGCGGCGCUUUGUUCCGCGUCACGCCAGUCUAACGGAAAACAGCGGCGCUUCGCUGGGGAUGAAGGGAUUGGUCUCCGGCGGAGGAUAAGCGCGGCUGGAUGCGGAGGAAUAGCAUGAGAGCGGCUUCAUAAACACGCAGUUCUGCGCACACGCCCGCUUUAUUCCCGCGCCACGGACAAGAUGGAGCAGGGGGUGUUCUCGCCUUUGUUGGAGGGGUUUCUGCGGUCUCCGCUGGUGUGCUGGGUGAAGACGGUCUCUCCGCUGGGCUCCGAUGGCUCUCCUCUCUCCGACUUCGUGACUCUGCUGGACGGGGUUUAUUUAAACGACAUCAUGACUGAGAUAAACCCAAACAGCAGCGUCCAGAGAGCCCACAGGAAGGUCCACAACGACCCGACGCUGCGCAUCCAGAACCUGUCCAUCCUCGUGCAGCAGAUCAAGUCCUGCUAUCAGGUGAGCAGCGCACUCUAUCUGCGCUUUUAUCAGUCUUCUGGCAGCUUUGUGAGUCUGUGCAGUCAGUCUGGCAUUAGAUAUGCAGAUGCUUUUUCUGAUCCAUUGCUGUGGUUAUCAGUGUCGAUCAUUGCAUGUUUGGAUUCAGUCCUGCAUUGAAAUGCAGUUGUCGAUCCUGAAAGGUGUUUUUGUGCUUGACUCUCUACAGUUCUCACUUCUCACAUGCGUUCAGCAGACACUGUGUCCGGGAUGCUCAUGAGCUUCUCUCUGUUUCAGUCUUUGUUAAAAGGCCCUGGGCGGUGCGAGGCUGUAGUUUGUUUGUUGUUUGGGGUCUGUGUAGUGUACAUACAGCGCUGGAUCAGGCUUCAGUGUGGAGAGGAGAGCUGAUGGCUGUGUUUGUGUCUGAGCUUCUGCU